CCAAUGAUUGUUGAGGUGUGCACAAGGAUUGUAGAGGAACGAGGACUGGACAAUCAAGGCAUUUAUAGGGUGCCUGGUAAUACGGGAGCGCUGAAGGAGUUGCAAGAUGAAAUAAAUAAAGACGAAAAAGGUUUGUGCCUGUGCAGCGAAAAGUGGCAGGAUGUCAACCUCGUCAGCAGUCUGCUCAAGUUGUUCUUUCGAAAGUUGCCUGAUUCACUCAUCACUGAUGAACUUUAUGAAUCGGUUAUCUCGGCCAUGAGAACCGAAAGGUCAGAGAGGAGGAUGUUGAAGUUGAAGAAGUUGCUGCAUGACUUGCCAGAUCAUAAUUUCAACACAUUCAGAUUUCUCAUGAAACAUCUCAGCCUGGUGUCACGUCAUGAGGAAAUGAAUAAGAUGGAUGCUCAUAACUUGGCCAUAAUGUUCGGACCAACCUUGAUUCGACCUCAGGACAACAACAUUUCAGUAAUGGCUCGCAACAUGGCUGAACAGUGCCGAGUCGUUGAGAUGAUCGUCACACACGUGUGUUUGCAUUGA